AUGGACGUAGCAGCGUUGAUGCUGAGCCGAGUCCUUCGCGGCAGAGCUAUGCAGAACGAGAUGCUCGUGGGGGUGUCCAAGAGAGCGGCUCUCAUUGAGGUGCUUGCACGCAUCCCAGUGUCCCUUAUAGAAGAGGGAAUCGUGUCCUCUCUCAUUGGAAGCACAGUUGGAGCCACUCUAGAUAAGCUCAGCAAGGAGCUCGCCAAGUCUAAGGUGGAGAUAUCAAGGAAUCGGGAGUGCGACAAGCGGAAGAACGAAUGA